UUUUGGUUUAUGUAGAUGAUAUCAUCCUUGCUAGAAACAGUAUGGAAGAAAUCUCUGUAGUGAAAACUUAUUUAAAUAACAAAUUUACUAUUAAAGAUAUUGGUACAUUAAAAUAUAUUUUGGGAAUUGAAAUUACUAGGUCUGAUAAAGGUAUAAAUUCAUGUCAGAGAAAGUACACUUUAGAUAUUUUGACUGACUAUGGUUAUCUUAAUUCUAAACCUUUUAAUACUCCUAUGGACUCCAAACUUAAACUGUCUAAAACCGAUGGAACUGUUUUAGAAAAUCCUAAAACAUAUAGAACACUUACUCGUAAGUUGCUCUAUUUAACUGUAACUAGGCCUGAUAUUGCUUAUAGUAUACAAAUUCUUAGUCAAUUUCUUGCUUCUCCUACUGAUGUUCAUUUACGUGCAGCUCAUAGGGUUCUGAGAUACCUUAAGAAUUCUCCAGGUAAAGGUUUAGUUUACCCAUGUACUUCUGAUUUUUCUGUACAAGGACACACUAAUUCAGAUUGGGCUGCCUGCAUAGAUACUAGGAGAAGUGUUUCAGAUAUUUAUACCAAACCGC